AUGCAGAGUCUUCCAGCGCUCUCCCCCAACAUCCAGUCUCGCUAUAUACAGGUCGCAGCUACACCAGAUAACUCAGAACUCAAGUAUACAGGACCACUCUUCCAGUGCCUUGCCACCAUUCAAAUAGUCAGUUCUGGAUCAACCCACUCCCUCUCCGGUGGACAAAAAGCCAGCUGGAGAUGGCUUGAGAACACCCUACAUCACGCCACGUCCACCUUCAGCAUCGACUCUCUGCUCCCUUUGGACUUCUCCAUGUUACCCCUUCCCUCUUCCUACGGUUACCUUCGCAACCACAAGAAGGCCCAUGCUCUCAGAUGCGCCCAGAGAUCAAGAUUAGCUUUCCACAGUCUUGUAGGGCUGGUAAACCUGUUUUAUGGGCGCGCUCUAGUACGACAUAAAACCGCCAGCCAUGCUGACCCUCGACCCCCACCCUCCCCCUCUCACACUCUCAUCCAAUCUGGUCUCAGUGAUACACACGUAUGUGAUAUCAUCGAUGCACUAAAACUGGAGAUGCUAGGGAGAUGCGUUGGCGUUAUGCUUGACCCCACAUCCUCUGCUUUGGGCAUCCUAUUUCCUUAUCUCAACUGCAUAUGUGCCCCCAUCUGGGUCAGGAUAGGAAUGGCGAGAGGUAUAUUUGAUGCAAAUACCUUAAAUUAUCCAAGCUUUAAACUCGCCAUUCCUUGA